AUGGCGUCGCAACUACUACCGCUGGAGCUCAUCGAUAAAUGCGUCGGUUCUAGGAUCUGGGUCAUCAUGAAGGGCGACAAAGAGUUCAGCGGCACAUUGCUCGGUUUCGAUGAUUAUGUCAACAUGGUCCUCGACGAUGUAACCGAAUUCGACUACUCCGGUACGCAGACCAAGCUGCCAAAGAUCCUCUUAAACGGAAAUAAUGUCUGCAUGCUCAUUCCGGGUGGUGAAGGGCCUGUAGCCGCAAGCACAUCAUGA